CGGGUCUUCCUUCUCAUCCGGGGCAGUAUCGCUCGCGCCGAGUCCCCGGCGCUAAUGGCUGACCGCUGUUGAGGAGCAGGUAGAGCCGCAGCAACGUUUCGACCCGCCUCUCGCUCGAGUCGCUCUGUGGCCCGGUUUGGGGCGAAGGGCACUCGGAGGCCGUACCCUGCGAUCAGUGCUGUCCCUGCGCCGCGGAGAGGGCGCCCGCUCCUUGUGUCCGUUGCGCGGCCGAGCGCCUUGUUUGUCCGUUGCUAGGCCGCGGGUGAUGGAGAGGCGGCGGCCGCCGGCGGGAAGCUCAGGCGCUGUCAUGGUUUACUGAAAUUUUCCUCAUGGCUGCGUAACAAUAAUUGGAAAAGCAGUUGCACUGAGGUUGCUCACUGUCAAGAAUAUUUCUUAGCAUUUGAACUUGAUCACAACACACAAUGUCAAAGUUAAAAAGUUCUGAAUCGGUUAAGGUGGUUGUGCGAUGUCGGCCAAUGAACGAGAAGGAAAUUGCAGGUGGCUUUGGAAGAAUUGUUGAUAUAGAUGCGAAACUAGGUCAGAUUCUGGUGAAGAACCCUAAAGGAGGUCCAGGUGAACUACCCAAGACUUUCACAUUUGAUGCUGUUUAUGACUGCAAUUCUAAACAAGUAGAAUUAUAUGAUGAGACCUUUCGACCUCUUGUGGAAUCUGUUCUCCUGGGUUUUAAUGGGACAAUCUUUGCUUAUGGGCAAACUGGAACGGGGAAAACCUACACUAUGGAGGGUGUCCGCACGGAUCCUGAAAGGAGAGGUGUCAUCCCAAAUUCCUUUGAGCAUAUAUUCACGCAUAUUUCUCGAUCACAAAAUCAGCAAUACUUAGUAAGGGCAUCAUACCUAGAGAUUUACCAAGAGGAAAUAAAAGAUUUACUCGCGAAAGAUCAAACUAAAAGGUUGGAGCUAAAAGAAAGGCCAGACACUGGUGUAUACGUCAAAGACUUGUCGUCUUUUGUGACAAAAAAUGUGAAAGAAAUUGAACAUGUUAUGAAUGUUGGCAAUCAGAAUCGAUCAGUUGGUGCCACGAACAUGAAUGAACAUAGCUCUCGUUCUCAUGCCAUCUUUGUUAUAACUGUUGAAUGCAGUGAAAUUGGACUUGAUGGAGAGAAUCAUAUUCGUGUUGGAAAGUUGAAUUUGGUAGACCUGGCGGGCAGUGAACGACAAGCAAAAACUGGAGCUCAAGGCGAACGGUUAAAAGAAGCAACAAAAAUUAACCUUUCUCUCUCAGCGUUGGGCAAUGUCAUAUCCGCACUCGUGGAUGGUAAAAGCACUCAUAUUCCCUACAGAGAUUCAAAGCUAACUCGAUUGCUUCAGGACUCAUUGGGAGGGAAUGCCAAGACUGUUAUGGUGGCAAAUAUUGGUCCCGCUUCCUACAACUGUGAAGAGACACUUACCACACUACGAUAUGCAAAUCGUGCCAAGAACAUCAAGAAUAAACCUCGUGUAAAUGAAGAUCCUAAAGAUGCACUUUUGAGAGAGUUUCAGGAAGAGAUAGCUCGGCUGAAAGCUCAACUGGCGAAGCGGGGUGUUGGCAAGCGAAAGAAGAAGAAUCGAAGGAGGCAAGGGGGAGAAGGAGAGGAGGAAAUUGAAGAUGAUGAUGGAGAUGGAGAAGAGGAUGAGGGAAUUAAAAAUGAACCUGAAUACUGGCGGGAACAACAAGAAAAGCUGGAGAGAGAAAAAAAAGCCAUCAUGGAUGACCACAGCUUAGUGGCAGAAGAAAAACAGAAGCUGUUGCGAGAAAAAGAGAAGAAGAUGGGAGAUGUGCAGAGAGAGAGAGAAGCUUCUGAGACUCUUGCCACUAAAAUUAAGGCUAUGGAAAGCAAACUUCUUGUAGGAGGCAAGAAUAUUGUAGAUCACACUAACGAACAACAGAAGGUGUUGGAACAGAGGCGUCAAGAAAUUGCAGAGCAGAAACGCCGGGAACGUGAGAUGCAGCAGCAAAUGGAAACUCAGGAUGAAGAGACGCUGGAGCUGAAGGAGACAUACAGUUCUCUCCAGCAAGAAGUGGAUGUCAAAACCAAGAAGCUGAACAAGUUAUUUGCUAAGCUCCAAGCAGUAAAAGCUGAGAUACAUGAUCUGCAAGAGGAACACAUCAAAGAACGACAAGAGCUGGAACAAACACAGAAUGAACUAACCAGGGAUCUCAAGCUAAAGCACCUUGUAAUUGAGAACUUCAUUCCUUUGGAAGAAAAGAAUAAAAUAAUGAACAGAGCUUGUUUUGAUGAUGAAGAGGACCAGUGGAAGACCCAACCCAUUACACGCAUUGAAGGCAAUCAGCAGAUGAUGAAGCGACCUGUAUCAGCAAUCGGAUACAAGAGACCACUUAGUAGCUAUGCAAAAAUGGCUUUGCUAUCAAGAUCAGAUCCCCGAUACAGAGCUGAAAACAUCUUGCUAUUAGAAUUAGACAUGCCCAGUCGAACAACUCGGGACUAUGAAGGGCCAGCCAUUGCUCCAAAGGUACAGGCUGCACUAGAAGCUGCUCUGCAGGAUGAAGACGAGCUUCAAGUAGAUGCUUCUACAUUUGAUCCUCUGAGAAGUGGUAGUGCAAGAAAAUCGAAGUCCAGGCCAAAAACUGGAAGAAAAAUUGGCCCUUCGUCUUCAGUUGGCUCUGGAACCCAGCUCUAUCCACAGUCUCGCGGACUUGUUCCCAAGUAAACCUCAUCUCCCAAAGAUGUAGCUUGUCAGCAGGGAGAAAAAAAAUUAGUCGAUAAACUAUAUCUUGAAUCUAAUUUUAGUCUGACCCCUCACAUUAGAAAUAUAGCUUGAAUACAGAUUAAAAUUUUACAUUUCUUUUGUUUUUACAGUGUAAAUCAUUCCACUGUGAGACUAGGAUACCUUCCUAAGUACCCACAGCUCUGAAUCUGACAAAAUUAUUUGUUUCAUAAUAUAAUCCAAGUGGAUAGUGCCACUGCUUGCUGCUACAGAACCACGUCAUCCUAUAUAUUAUAUAUCAAAAGAAUACCUCACAUUUUAUGAGGCAAUUUAUUAUAUUUAAAGAUUUCUUAUAAAUGCUGCAUAACUUUGUCUUUAAUUUAUUAGAUUUUCUUGUUGCAAAGUUGAAUGUAGAUACAGUAGAUUUGAACUUUUGUUAUUGUAUAGUUGGUAAUUUUCAGACAUUUUUAUUGCUGUUUAAUUUGGCUGUUAAAUGUUUAGUAUAAUUUUUUUUCAGACCUGAAUAUAGUAAUAAACAAUAAAGCUGGCCAGUGGUCUGACAUUACAAAACACAGUUAGCAAUUGUUGCAUAUUUAGGGGAUAUCUAUCGAUGAUCAAAUAACCAGAUUUACUUGAAAAAUAUCAGCCUUCUACUCAGCAUAGCUUCUCGAAAGCAUAUUUUGUAAAAUUUCAAAUCCGAAGCCUUUUAAUCAGGCUGUAAAAGUGGUGCAUUAGUUUAGCAGCAAGGGAUAUCAUUGAGGAGUAAAUGUGAUUUAACUUAUUUUCGCAUUCUGCCAGUAUAAAGUCAUAAACCAUUUUCAAGUUGUUGCUUCUGAUUAUCAAUAACACUUAUAACACUUGUACACUAACUUUAUACAAAUAUUCCUGCAGAUUACCAAGAAUGUCUCCUAACUCAAAUUCUAAAACAUGUUAUACUGGUACUUCCAGUCACCUCUAAACUUGAUGAAACAUUAUAAUGUCACAUGAUGUCAUAUUUAUUCCUUGCAACAACUAACUCCAUUAGUUAGUGAUGUGCAGCAAGUUAUCUAUCAUUCACAGUCUCAUUUGACAGAAUCACUGAUUGGAAAAUAAAUCAUGUUGAUUUUCACGUCUGACCUGUAAUUCUUUAAAUAAGGCCUUGUUGUAGAAAUGGAGAUUU